ACUCAAAAGGACUAUCCACGGUGCCCACGUCGCUGAUGAACGGCCGCACGACCACCGGUCCCGGAGCCAUUGGUGAUAAGUUACCCUCGCAAAUGCCGAACGGACGUCUGCUUCCUCAGAGCUCGAGUGAUUUGUCGACGCCACUCAAAACACCCGGCGGCAACGUAGAGAAGAUCCUGAGCGAGAUCAAAACUUUCAACGUCGGGACACCACUGACGGAGAUCGGUGCGACACCCCGGAAGGAACUGGACAGCAAGUUUAGCUUUAACAAUCCUAAUAUGCCAAAACACAAGUACGCACCGCAGCCGGUGCUGAUGAAGCCUCCCUCGUUCAAAGCACCACUUGACGCACUACCAGCAAUGCUGAAACCAAUAGGUGCUCGUGAGGACGACGUGAACGGAUCAGACAGUGACGAUGGUGCCUACAAGAAAAAGCGCAACUCCAGUGAUACGUCAUCGAACGAAAGCGGAGACGAGUCAUCCAGCGAGGAUUCCAACGUUGGCAACAAAGCUAACAAUGCUGCUGGUAGUGGUGGUGGUGGUGCUGGUGGUAGUACCGGUGGUCUACCUAGCACUAUCGGUCCCGUUGGUUUACCGGGAAACGCGUCCAGCGGGAACAACAACGCCAACGGAGGCAGUGCUAGUAGUCCUCAACGAUCAACUCGAUACUGGUCGCUGCAAAACUUUUUUCCGGCGCAGGUGCCAAAUGACGCCAACAGUAAUUCACAGCUGGUUGAGUCAAAUGACCCGAGCUCGGUGGUAUCCAAUCAGAAUUUAAAUAUGAAUGAAAAUUCCAGUUCGCCACUGAUGCCAGGAUCACCUCCUACAACUAUCAAAAAUGAACCACCGCCGAUAGAGGAUGACCAUCUAUCGAAUGGUAGCAGCAAUCACGAGGGAGUUUUUGUGAAACAAGAACCAUAUCCAAGUGAAAAUAGUACGUCAUCGCCGAGUGCAGGUGGCAUUCCUGCCGCAACUCCUAGCUCAGCGCUACCCGGUCUGAAUGGUGGUUCAGGGGGUGCUGGUUUGCAAGAUUUCAAUAAGUUAGGUGAGAUUAAAGACGACAUGGACCUGUCCAGUCCUGCCAAAAGCCCGGAAAAAAGUCCCGAGAAAGAUUCAAACGAUCAGGUAGAUAGUAUAGAAUCGGACGAAGUAAGUAGUGCUUUACGGAAGGUCAAAGAACUUCAAAAUAUACAACCACUAUCGGGGAUCUCCGAUAUAGAAGACAAUAAUAUGGUACCAAUGACGAGUGCGCUCGUAAAUACGGUGGUGAGUAGCGUUGUUCCAAGAGUAGGACAGAAGGUAAAACGAAAGCGGAAGGCAACCAAAACGUUUCAAGAGCGGGAACGUGAUGGGUCUAGUAGUAGUGAUGACGAUGGAUUCUCCAGCUCUCGACGGAGUCGAUCUCAAUCUUUCGAGAAGGAGAAAAAGGCUCGGGGUCGACCAAAGAAGAAUCCACCUACAACGGGAGCAUCGUCGAUUGUAGGUUCCUCCAGUACCAGGCAAUCGGAUGCGGACUCGGUAGCCAGCAGUAACAGCAAACGGCGACUAUCGAUUUCCUCCAACAAAACGGUACCUUCAACGCCCACUAAAAAGGAUAAUGCAAGCACACCGGCCAAAAAGACUGCAGCCCGAAGGCGAUCUUCUAGGGCGAAUCAAAAAAUUACCAGUCGAGAAGUUCUAACCACGACGGACGAUUCGGAUUCGGAACCAGCAAGGGACAGUCACGUCGGUAACAGUGAAGUGGACGAUAAAAAGAGAAGCCCUGAGAAAUCCAAGGGCAGCAAAUCGAGUCCUGUCAAGGGUGUUGUCAAUAUGCUAUUACCUCCGAAGCCCCUGGGAACCGAUCAGUUAACCUCGGAUAGUAAUGAUGACAUUUCAUCACCCCGAAGAACUCCGCUUAUGUCACCUCCUUUUCCACCGAUUACAACCAACAGUCAACCAUCGUCGGUUUCGAAAGUGGUGCCAAGGAAAACAUCGACUUCCACAUCAGCUUCGAUUGAUGACGAUGACGAUGAUGAUGAUGAAGAUGACGAUGAGGACAAUUUGGACAGGUCACUCAGUGAUUCAGGAAGUGCCAGCGAUGGUGGAGUAAAGCGGAAGAAGAAAAUCAACAAAAUUAAGAGCGACAAAAACAAGAAGGACACUCUGCGGAAACUAUUCUCCCUGAGCAAGGAAGGUGGAGCAAAAGGGGGUAAAGGAGGCAAAGGCAAGGGUCAAGUGGUGAUAGAAGAGGUGCACCACACGAAGGCUUCUUCCAUCCAGACCACCAUAAACACAACCCCCAACCCUAAAUCGCAUCUUCUAAGUGUGCCUCAAACGGACCUGUCACGUAAUACUACGUCACCUUCAGUGCCGGUCGGUGCCACCGGUGCGGAAAGCCGUAGCACACCUUCGUCAGCGUCGUCGAUCGUAGAAAAAGUGCUUAUAUCACCCGCCAGAACUGCCUUACUUAACUCCCUUAUCUGCCGUAUCGAUUUGAGUCGUCUGCUCAAGAUACCACCACCACCGCCAGCCAAGCAAGAGUUGGCCAGCGCCCAGCGUAGUGCCUCCGCUCGACAAAAGAGCAAAAGCCCAUACGAAAUGAAAAAACGACGAAAUUCGAUCGCCGGCAAUUAUUCCGAAACGAAUGCCCAGCGACGGAUGAACGACUAUAAAUCCUCAUCCACCAAUUACAGACUGACCGAGGGGAUUGAUCCUAAGCUGGCUGCAAACGAUCCCGUUCUCAUGGAAAAUGGACGCCACAGAAGCAACAGCAAUGCUAGCGAACACCAAUCACGAGAACGCUCGAGAGUCUACCGCGAGGACAAUGCGUCCCCGUCGUUACCACCACCCCCACCUCAUCACCAUCACAACAAUCACAAUACCUCAGCAUCAUCACUUUCGUCUGGAUCCGGUUCGGUACAAAAAUCAGCGUCUGCCGCCAAGCAGCAGCUGACCUACGACGAAAAGUUACCCGCUAAAAGCGAAAAACUGCUGUACGGAAACAGCAGCGGUGCCACUAGCACCAACUAUCCGAUCAAGGAAGACAAAUCAGCAAUACUCUUCAGUGGCAGUGGUGGAGCAAACACCAAACCGUUCAACAUUAAGCACGAAAAUAUCAUCAAGCAGGAAUAUCCGGACGGCGAGGACAGCAAAAUGUCCGCCAUUAGUCUAACAAAGUUGAGUGCUGCUGCUGGACAACAAGUGGUGCAACCGCUUCCUCCUCCUCCACAGCAGCAGCAACAGCACUCGCAGCCUCCGUCAGAGGGUCGGAGAAAACGCACAUCCAGUUCUAGCAGUAACUCUUACAAGGAAAAACGACGGAAAAGGGACAAAUCCACCGCCAACGCACAGACUGAAACCCUCGACCAAAUGCCUCCGACCAAUCACGACCGGUUAGAAGCGGAUCAGCAACAGCUUCCUGUACCACCUGCUCCUGUCACCACCGCUACUCCAACCGCUGUAACCUCUAACAUAAAACAGCAAACUGCUCCGGCUGCAACUAUCGUGGAACCACCGUUGGUCAGUACAGUUGGGGCUGAAAGUGGUACUACCGCCGUCAAAAUGAUUUACGUAUCGUAUUUUGAGCGUUCCAAUGAUGACGAGCUGGAAGUUCGGGACCAAAACCGAUACCUAUCGGAGGCAAAACGACUGAAGCACGCAGCCGACCGGGAGGGUGAUCAUCUGGCGCAAGCCAUGCUCUACCUGGAGGCGGUGCUGUUCUUUUUGCUUACUGGUGAUACCAUGGAGAGGGACCCGAUCACCGAGAAGGCCGCCUUCACCAUGUACAAAGAUACGCUCAGUUUAAUUAAGUACAUCUCAUCAAAGUUUCGUAGUCAACAGCAGCAUCUUACGGUGCAGGGUAGCAUCCACAGUAAAGUGGCGAUAUUGAGUCUACGGUGUCAGUCUUUAAUCUAUCUGAAGCUUUACAAAAUGCGACGUCAUGACAUAAAGGAAGUGCAGAGGAUUAUCGCUGAAUACAACCAGAAGCCAAACACAACCGUAUCGGCCGAUUUGGUCAAUGGCAAUACACCGUCGCCACUGUCGCCCACCUCCGUGGGAUCACAGAGCUCCGGCUACUGCUCUGGACAGACAGGUCAAACAAACCCAAUCCAGUGCUCGUCGAUCAGUUCAUCCCCGUCGCCAUGCUUGCUGAUGCCUGUUCACGUGCACAUGGCAUUCCAAAAGCAAGCCACGCUUUUCAACCACCUGCUCAACUGUCAGGAUUUGUGGGAGCAAGCGGACAAUCUGGUGAUACGGGGGAAUCAUACAGAUUUUUUCAUCGAACUGGACCACGAGAACGGACCAAUGACGCUACAUAGCUCGCUGUACAAUGUGGUCAAGUACGUUCAGGCUGGCAUCCAAAAGCUACGGAGGAUGUAGAACGAAGCGAAUAAUCAGAAAACCAUGCGGGUCCAAUCCUAGAAGGAAGUUGAAGGGGUGUACACACACACCUAUAGCAAACACAUUUAAAGACAGUCUGAAUAGAACUAGCAUCACAAGCCAAUCGGUCAUAACCCCGUACCCCCUAACAACAACCAGCAGGAGACUGAUAUCGACGAUGCCGCCUGGCGGUUGGUGCCAGCCAGCAGGUGUGAAAGCUCGGCGACGGAAACCAAGUUCCCGCGCACCGUCCGUGACUGACAAUAAUCUAUCAAACUGGAUGCGACGAUUUGUAGCUGGCAGGGACCAGUGGUAGAUAAUGGAACCUAGAUGGCCGGGGAGGAGAAUGCACUAGCUAGCUAGCGGGUUUCAGGGCGGUACGAAAGAGAAAAGCUGUGAUUUUAUAAGUGCAUAGUGAGUGGGUAGGUUCGAACGACGAUAGUGUUGAUUAUUGGAGGCAGACAGCGACGGCCACCAAUCGACGGAAAUUGAAAGCGCUAUGGUUUUCUUUCAGUUGGAUUAUUGAGUUAAUUUAAUUGUAAGCGUGUAAAACUAUUUUUGUGCUUCUGUUUUCGGUGCUUCUGGGUUGUGCGUUGGUGCAUUUGAAGGCUGGUUUAAUCAAAAAAUGAAUCUAUGCUUCUUUAAGAUUUCAAGAUGAAAGAAGAAAAUUUGCUAGAAACGGGCAUUCUUGGUACUUUUUCAAUAACUUAUAAGUGUUAUUAUACUCAUACUAAACUGUUUUACAAUUUCAAAUGAUUAAUCACUUAUUCAGUACCUUUAUGAAAUGUAUUGCAACUUUCUUUGUUGGAGUCGAUGUUUUUGAAUGGACUGAUCUAGUAGGAACCUAAACAUUUUGUAUUUCGUACUUUAAAAUCCUUUUUCCAUCCAUUAAUUUCAUAGAAUGUCACGUCACGAACAAAACAAACAAAUUCACGAUCAUACGGAGGCAUCACAUUAGUUCGUCCUAACACUUUUUUGUGGAUUGUGUAGUUUAUUUAUAUUCUAAAUUCUUCCUUCCCUCUUCUGUUUUACUUCUUUACGAAACAAAGCCGAAAAAUUGCACAAUUAUGUAGAGCUAUUAUAGUGCCUGUUAAUCUUAAUCAAUUGUCUCAUAGACAUAAAUUUUUGCGACCACCGACGACAAUCUCACAACGUCACAACAUUGGUCCUCCUCGGCGCGUUCGUUCUUUCAAGAAAAAAAAACAAUAUUAUUUCCGCACUCGGUCAACACCAAUAUGUAUGUCGUCACCAGAGUUUGAAAUGGCAAAAGAAAAACAAGCAUGCACCUAAUACACAUAACGUUAUUUACUGUCCAAUCUUUCGUGACAAUGCUACCGAUCUCAUACUUUCGUUUUGCAAUAUGAGAUGAUAUUUUUGUAGCUAAAAUAAAAACGUGAUAUAAUUAGUAUUUUCGCAAAAAGAGACCAUAAAUAGCAAUGAGAGAUUGUCUUGGAGAUUCUCUUUGUUAACUCUCUUUUAUGUUUAACAUUCAUGAGGCCGUAAGGCAAGGAAUCAAAUGUUGCUUAUUCCACUCUUGCAGAGCAGUCUCUCUGGAUGCAGAGAGUAUCAAGUUGCACUAACUGAUAACGUUUCUCGUAGCUUGCCAGUUGGCCAUUCUGAUUGCAGUUUAACCACAAGUAAGGAAGAAGCAAUCCAGUUGAGGUUCUCGAAGAAAUCCAGAAUUUUCUGUUGUGACUGUGCCCUCCACGUUCCACUGACGUUCCUCCAGUCGGAACAUCUACAGUCCUUCGAGCCGGAUUAGGAUGAAGCCGCCGGAUCAAACCGUCCAGGACCCGCUUUUAAAUUAGAAUUGUUUUCACUUCUGUUGCUAUAUUCCAUUUAUUUGUUGUGCAUCAGUAGCCCUCGCGCAAGAAGAAAAGGCAACAAACGCGUGUGCGUGUUAGAUCUUGCUCGAUCGUCGACCAGUGCCAGAUGUCUACGGCUUUUCGAAUUGGUCCAACGUUAUGAGCAGCAAACUUGCCACUGUUAAUGCCGAAUUUUAUAGCGUCCAAGACUGCAUAAUGGCUCUUGUUCCCGACAAAAGGUAGCAGAAUAGGAAUGAGUCUGUGAAGCUUUUGAAGAUCUACAUGAUUACCUCUCCAUGGCAAUCGAAAAGAUAAUAAUGCAGACAAAAAAUGCUUUUCUGCCAAUCACCACACCGGACGUUUUAAUUCAACAGCAGCCAUUGAAGGCAUAGAUUUCUACCUUCGAUAAGAAUUACGCAAAUUGGCCAAAAUUCGAAGUGGUUUACCAGGGCCUAAUGCCCAAUUCAGCAGACUCCGGUGCCAAAAAUUGUACCAUCUGGACAAGGCUCUGUAAGGUGCGGUGACUGGACUGUGCUGACGGAGCGGUAUGAAAAUCAACGUGUUAUGGUCACAUCACACAUAAGAGGAUUGAUCUAACUGAAAAGGCUAACAGGUGAGUCAUAUAUAUAUAGAUUUGCGAGUCCUUCUAGAUGAAUCUACGAGCCAUGUAGCAUGCCUCCGAUAUUUGCACCAGCAGCUCGUCGGGAUUUCGCAGCACAUAAUUGUCUACACCCACCACAAAUGCAUUGGCCAAAGGGACGCACAAGGAUUGGGAAUCCACUCUAAAACGAAGUGAAUUGCCUAAGUAUGACUCGAUCAUCACCCUCCUGACGACCAGAUGCCAAAUUUUGGAAAGUUGGCUUCUACACCGGUUCUGUUGACGCCAGCCACCAAAUCGAAGUUCGUCACAAUAGCACCAAAAGUACUAAUGUAGAAGAGUUACACCACCACAACGGGUACUGCCAGUCAGGCAAAAAUGUGUGAGUUUUGUGGUUUCAAUGAUCAGUGUGCUACUUUAAAAAAAGUGAAUGCGUCCCAGAAGUUCGACAAUAUCUGAGCAACGGACGUUUGUUUCAAAUGCCUGCACAAAGUCCAUCUAUCAAACAGAUGUCCAUCCAAUAACAUCUGAAGGAAGUAUCAGAAGCGUUUCCGUACCAUACUCGAGGAUGAUGCCUAGAGCCGAAGGGUGCAGCCAGGAUGCAUGUACAAAGGUAACAGAUACGAUAUCGGUUAAAGUUGUAACUUUAGUCCCUGUUUCGAAUUCGAGUACAGCUCUUAGAGAAGAUCCAGUAGUUUUCACCUUCUGUCCAUGUAACUACGGGCAGUCAUCAAAGAUAGUGACGUUACUAUCUGCAGUAGUUCACGCCAUUGAUGGACAUAAUCAGCCACAUGAGUGCCGUGUGUUGCUCGACAGCGGUUCUCAUAUUAAUAUCAUAUCUGAGAAAAUGCAGGCGUCCUUGAGUGCAACGAACCAAUGUCACCGGCAUAAACGCUUGCUCGAUAUCGCAGUACGUUGACUUUGUUCGAGAGUACGGGUUUUUGGACAUUGUCACGAAGUGGAAGAGUCCAAUCAACCCGAUAGGACAAUACACUAUAUGCUACAUCACGCCGUUCUUCGACCACACAGCUCCAGCACUAAGUGUCAUGCUGAGUUCCAUGGAAGUGUCAAGCCAUCGUCACCAAACCCAUCGCUCAAUGAUAUACUCAAGGUUGUCCCCGUUCUGCGGGAUCUGUUUUCCAUCCUGCUCGAGUUUCCGGAAGCAUGCUGUCGUUGUUUCGGCGGACAUAACCAAAAUAUAUCGUCAAAUUAUUGUGGAUCCAGAAGACACAUUCUACCAGCUAAUACUUUGGGGAGAGCAGCCAACAUAAAUGCUACGUGUGCUUGAACUUACCGUUACGUACGGAAUACUAUUCGCUCCAUAUCAAGUCACCCCAUGUUUGACCCAGGCCGCCGUAGCAGAGUCGGCAGACUUUCUCUUCGCUGUUCGUAGCGUAAAUGAGGUUGUUACAUCGACGACGUGUUAUCUGGUGCGGAUGCCAUCGAAUGCUAUCGAAUUGAAUGGAAAUUGAAAGAGAUGCUCGUCCGAGGUUGUUUACUCUUGCAGAAAUGAUGGGGCUCCAACUCUGUUGAGUUCAUGCAGUGCAUUCCAGUUGGGAAGUGUGAAAGCCAGCUAACCUUGCAGGAAACUGAUACCAAAGAAGCAAUAAAGUGAUUGAUUCUGAAGGUUUGGUACAAUUAAAACUUCUCAAAAGUAAAUUAAAGGUUGCAUCAUUGCACGAGUUAACCAUCCCGAAGAAGAAAUUGUCUGCCGCUCUACUGAUAAUUUGUCUAUUGGAAAGGAUGCGAAAUCGCAUAGCAGAGAUCCAGAGAACCAUUGGCAACUACAAGUGGUACUACGUUUGUUCGGGAAGCAAUCCAGCUGACGUGGUAUCGCAGGGUCAGCUAACUCACUCUUCAAUUGAUCAUUCGAGAAUUGCAGCGGUCGACGGAAGUGCUCUUCAAGAUUUUCCAGCACGUUCAAUUGACGGACCAAAUUGAAUGCCUUCAAUCCAACAACAACCAACAGCCCAACAAGAAACGGGAAUCUUCAUCCAUUAAUCAAAGGUGGCAUGCUCCGAGUCGGAGGCCGACUCGUUAACUCCAAGUUGUCAUAUGCCUCAAAGCAUCUCAUCAUAUUGUCCGACAAGGACCCCAUCACGACGAUGCUAAUCAGGGCGAUGCACAUCAAGCUACUUCAUUCUGUCUAAUCGCCACUCAUCAACGUCAUUCGACAGUGGUACUGGCCCGUCAAGGCUCGCUGUACCGUGCGACAGAUCACUCGCAAAUAAUGGGAAAUCUUCCACAAUCACGAAUCGUACCAUCUCCACUAUUCGCAGUGACUGUCCUUUGUUGGUAAAACAAGGAACCAAGCUUGUCAAGGCAUAUGUAGCAGUGUAUGUCACCUCGAAACUGUUUCUUAUUUGACGACAGAUGCGUUUCUGGCAUUACUGAAAUCGGCAAAAACUCAUCUGAAGCGAGUCGUCGGCAAUGCGCGGCUAACGUUUAAAGAACUGACAACAAUCCUCACCGAAAUAGAAGAAUGUUGAAUUCUCGCCCUCUCUUCACCGGAAUCCUAAAAACUUCUGGAACUUUGCUAACUUUAAACGAGUGUCCGAACGUGUGUCUCGACGAUAUUGAAUCAACGUCUGCCUUGGAUACUUGUGAGCUAUUUGUAAAGUGUUUCGCUUCAGUUUUUGCGGAGAAUACUGCUUCCAGAAUGGUAACUGAAGCUGCUUCGAUCGAUGCCCCUGUAAAUUCUGUGGACACGAGUACAUUUUAACCCUUAAAUGCAUGCUGUUGCCAUUUGGAAACACACCGAAUUUUAUGAUAUAAAUGCUCAACAACAAGAUCGUAUCCAUUCAGAAAAAUGAGUAACAAAGAAAAAUGAUAUUUAUGCAUUUAAGGGCUAAUCACUCCCGAUAUGAUUGUUACCGUUGUAAAUAGGUUGACAAAAUCGUACUUAGCGGGACCGGAUGGGAUUCCAGCUCGUCGCUGUAUUGCUUCUUUUGCGGAACCUUUGUGCAACUUUUUUAACAAAUCGUUUGAACGAGACAAAUUUCCGGUGAUUUGUCGGUGGCAGUCGUUCAAUAAGUUAUAAGAGCGUCGCAAUAUUAGAAAUUACCGGAGCAUAACCAGCCUAUCUUCAGCAUCCAAGAUAUUCGAAAUUGUGGUAAGCACAUUCGUAAUCUCGCACUCGAAAAGAUACAUUUCCACCGAUCAACAUGGGUUUAUGCACGGACGAUCCGUAAGUACAAAUUUUCUAGAUUUCACAUCAACUUGCACCGCGCAGAUGGAAGAAAAGCCACAAAUUGAUGCAGUGUACACGGACUUGAAAGCUGCAUUCGACCUAAUUGACCGCUGAAUAUUAUGAACAAAAAUGCCACGGCUCGGCGUAUCACAGAAUUUCGUUAAAUGGCUGGGUUUUUACUUGAGUGACAGAGUACACCGUGUGCAGCAUUACUCUUGUGUGUCCUCUCAGUUUACGAACAAAUCUGGAGUCCCUCAAGGCAGUAACAUGGGAUCCCUACAGUUUGUAUUAUUCUUCAACGAUGCUGCUUUGCUGUUUGGCGUGGGGUGCAAACUGGUUUACGCCGAUGAUUUGAUUUUAUGCCUCAUAGUCCGAUAUAUCAACGACUGCAUCCGCUUUCCAGGGCCUCUGGAUACAUUAGUUAGCUGGUGUCGUAGAAACUGGCUAAUUAUUAGCAUUGCAAAAUGCCAUAUUAUAAUUUUCCACCGCAUGUUCAGUCCGCUACAUUACGACUAACCAAAUCGAUGCACAAAGGCCCAUAACAGUGGAUAGCGUCAGCGAUCCCGGCGUUUUGUUAGAUACGACGAAGCUAGCAUUCAAUCAGCAUCGUUCAGCUUUGAUUUCGAAAGAAACCCGUCAACUUGGCUUAAUUUCUAAAAUCACCGUGAUUUCAAGGAUCCGCUUUGUAUGAAGGCGUUGUAAUGUUCGUUGGUUUGCUCACCACUUUGCGCCCCGUUUUGCGCUACGACGAAUGAGCGCUAACAUUGCAUAUUAUAUUAGUUGGAAGUCAUAGUUUCAUCGUAGCAAAGCGGUUUCAAUUUAUGCGCCACCAGCCAUCGUAAUCCGGUUGAGCCUUACCGGAACGAUCCUUUAGUGGCCAUUGCGGUUGCUCUCAUAUACACUUCACCCACAAGUAAAUAAGUAGAAGCAACCCCGUUGAGGUUCGCGAAGAAAUGCAGAAUUUUCUUUCGUGACUUAGCCCUCCACGUUCCACUAACCUACCCCCGGUCGGAACAUUCGGCUUAGUGAUAAUUUUCCUAGACUGAUUUUAGCUAAAAUAAAAAGUAAACCAAUCACAGAUUCAUUGACGUAAGACAAAUGGAAUUAUUUCAAAAUGAAAGUCUUCUUGAAUUAUCGUGGAAAAAAAUCAAAACUUCUCUGUCGGCGUUCGAAUAAAUUUGCGACUUUUUUUUGGAAUUCCAACCAUCAUCUGCUGCCCACUGGACUGGUCGACCUCGGCAAUCAAGCGGUCAUUUUACCCGACAUUGGGCUAUCGUUGACGCGUAAAUACCUCUGUCCCAUACCCAAGGACCAAAGGCGUGACAUUAACCUUCUUAGCCAAUUCACUCUCAACGCUAUAUCCUAACCACUCUAUAAACUGAAACGAUCGGUACGGUUGUCCUCGUUUCUUCCUCAUUCAAGAUUCAAAACGAUUCGUUAGUUAAAUUAUUCAUUAAAUGAAAAAAUUAAUUGUUGUAUAAUUUUGAAUCAUCGUCAAACCCAACUCUGCACAGUAGACCUGGUCGUUUCAAUAUUUGCGAUAUAUUAGGUUCUUUACUGAAACAGUUAACCUCACUUUUCUUGACAGUUCGAUUGUGCUGUUUACAUGGACUUAGAAACAUUUGUGGAUGACUAGAUUCCACUCGAAGCAAAUCGUAAACAAAUUUUCUAAGUCCAUGUAAACAGUACAAGCGAACUGUCAAAAAUAAACACUUAGUUCAUUUGUGACGUCACCGUAAAAUAUUCAAUUGAGUUUUACAAGCUGAACUCAUGAUGAAUGAAGCUCUUGUUUGACAAUUCUUGGAGGUUUGUUUACUUUGUCAGUUGCGUGAGUGCGAGUGCAAUGGGUGCUCAUCUGUUACAUUCGAACUCUCGUAACUUCUUCGUAAACCACCGAGAAUUGUCAAACGAAGUUCAUCCGGUUCAUUUUGUGGGGUUAUGUCGGUUGGUGUAAAACCUAAUUAUAAUAUGCUUCGAAUGUUGGCAAGAAAAACACAAAAGAAUAACUGCAGUGUUUUCCAGGAUGCUUUUCAAUACUGGCUGUGUAAGGGUUAGAAUAAAAUAGAUUAGCUCAUUGAGUCAUCGGUGAAGCGUCCCCUGAGAGGUGUGUCUUUCCAGUGUUUUAACCUUCUGUCACUCGCGCUAGUGCAUUGAGUGCACGUCGGUCUGAAAAUCUAGCCAAAUCGUCUAAGGACAUCAGCGGCUGCUCGUGCAACGAACCAUUUGUGCGACAUCCGGAGAAUUAACUCUGGAAAGAUUAUUGUAUUGUUAUUACUUUUCAAUUAAGCGAAAUUUUGUGCAAUUGUUGGUGAUACCCAGCUUAUUGUCGCGGUAGAAUUAUGGCACCUAUGGCACGGCUGUAGAAGCAAUUUGUCAAAGCGGCUCAGAGCUUCAUUGUCCUUAAGGACAUUAUACAAGCGAGCCAUAACGUAGCUCCUACGCCGCACACACCCCUCUCCCCUGCCUAACCAUGUAUCUGACAUGAGCAAAUAAAAAAUACGCUUCUCAAUACACUAACCUUGCCGGUGUACUACGAAACUGCUACUUGAGGAAGCUAGAACAUUUUCCUAUACAACCAACCCGAGUUUUUGACGGAAUUCCAUCUGUAGCUCUUAUUUUGUGCGAAAAUAUCACCGCUCUUCACUUGGGGUUUCUUUUCGAAACACUUAUUUUUCUUCUUCUCAUUUUCAGUGCACUUUUUCAAAUGCACUUUAAUCACACACCACUGCAAAAACAUUCGCGAAACUUUAAUCGUUUAUUAAUACAACUUCAAAUUUUCUGCCAAGGUACAGAUGACCGAGGGAAAAUGUCCCAAAACUCCCAUUGGUUCGUUUGAAUUUUCACUUCGAAUUCCAUUUUUUCUCAAUGUAAACAAGUGCGUCGGUGCCUAGCAACAAGCGUGCGUUCCUGGCUUCCACAUGUCUUCACCUUAAUGAUAGGUAGUAGUAGGUAUUUCCCCAGGCACUCUUGCUUAUACAGCCGAAUGCAUCGUUUUGUUGGCGAGGAAAAAUUCGUUUUUGAGUCAAAUUGCUUGUCAAAUCAUCAGUUUACUGGCGUUAAUAUUUUGCGGCGAAAACAGCUUUGUAUUUGUUGGGUACAGCAUCCUGUGCUGUGACCAGAUACAACUUUAUUUCAAGAAUGUGCCUGACAUAAGUUUAGUUGGCCAUGAGAUGGCAUCCUCUGUAUUUCGUCUGAACAUGGAAGUACAACUUCCGGGUGGAUGUAAUCUAGUGAAGUGAUGCAUCAUCCUAUUCGGUUGUGUGGAAUUGCGUAAUAAAUCUUCUCGGGUCAAGUUAUGGAAUUUUUUUUUCAAUGUUCGAAUAAUUUCUAUAAAUUCCCUUUCAACAUUCUGAAUCUAGCUUUCUGUAUCUACUAUUAAUACGCGUGGUUUAUAACCAGUUCUGACUGAGACACUGGUGCUCAAACCACAACUACCAACAAGCUAAUCAGUCGUUUUCUGAUGCACAGUUUCAAAAACUAACGUUCUGAUGUAACGAAAAAAUAACCAUCUUCAACCCAACAAAAAAUGAUGAAACCUAAAACAGCCCUCAAAAGAAGCACCGCAUUUGCCCUAUUAUAGGAGUGCUAGGCAUACCUCACUACGUCAAAGUCUGUAGGUAUACUUUUUUUUUUCUUAAAUCUAAAGCAUAGUAUAAUUUAAUUUAAUUUAUUAGUUAAGCUUAAAUUAAAUUAUUUGAAAAUCUAACUUGAAACUCACAUCAAAGAUUAGUUAAAUCUUAGUUACUCAACAAGCGGGCGCGCACGCGCCGGCAGUAGUUGUGAGCGGCCAACUGCGACAGUCUAUUCGUUAUAAAAUUCCUCUAUUUAAAUGCUUCUGUUUGCUUUCUAGGCGUAGUUAAUUUAAAUAUUUUAUUUUAUUUAACAAAAAAUGAACUAAAAGGUGUGCUAGUUAGAAGACAAUCGAUCAGAACAGAAAAAAACGGCACUCUGACUUAUAUUUCCCCCAAUAUUUAUAAGGAAUAAGGAUUAACGAAACAAUACUAGUGCAGAUCGCUGAGCUGUUGUCGCUUGCUUCACGCUUAUCACUCCCAACAAUUAUUAGAAAAUGUGUAGCGAAAUUCGCUUUUUAGAGAAAAUAGAAAAAAAAAAAAUAAAAGAACACAAGCGCAAUCCAUUUGCGCUUUUUGCUAGCAGUAUAGAUUUAAUUGUUAUUUUGGUGUAGAUUUUGUUUGAUAUUCAUUUUAUUUACGUUCGUCUAAUCGAAACACAGUUGCUUUUUAUUAUUUUAGUUUAGUUGAAAAGUUCUGUUUUAAGUUUCCUCUAUGUGGUGUUUCGCUGUUUAAAUGUAAAACGGGUUCAUGUCAAAGAGUGAUGGGAGAACACCAAUAAACGGCACGUCAUCUAUUUCUUCACUGUCUCCCACCCCUUGUUGGUAGUGUGACAGCGUUGUCGCCAGAAACAAUUUCGAAGUAACGCGGGUUCCCAUUCCCAACUGGGACUCUAUUUUCACAGUCACGUCACCUAGUGACUAAGAGGAAAUUUUCAUAAUCUGAAGUGACUUUUCUGUAUUGGGUGAGAAAAGUCGUGUAGUGUCCUUGUUAUAUUUGAAAUCUGUCAAGAAAGUUUACUCUAAAAGAAGAAAAUUUUUCAAUCGUCGUUUCAAUUGAUCAAUAAAGUGGCUUUCAUACGUACCUUUCGUUAGGCAUUUCUAACAAUAGCUCUUUUACUCAAAGAUCAAAAUUUGUCACAUUUGCCUAUUUGAGAUCUGGACAGUCUAGCUAGACUCACGUCACGAAAAAUUUAAAGGGUUCAUCCACAUCACCACUAUCUUGCGAGAACUGGAAUUUGUUUCAUGAAAAACGUUUAUUUGAAACGAUUAGCGUUUUCCAAUGUACUCAAGAGACAUAAUGAAGUUUCACUCUCAAUCACAAACGAUACAACACAAAAUCGUGCGAUGCGACAUGGAAAUGCGUUCGGUGCAACAUGACAUUGAUGAAAUCGCACUGCAACGCUACGCUACGAAUGUAUGCCGGUUUGCGACACCUUUGAUGUGUACGGAAAUUGGAGUUUUGUGUUCAUGCCUACAGAUCGUUACAAAAAGCAAUCCAUGGUUAGAUAUUUUCCAAACUGGCCAGUGACGGAAGAUUAUGUUUAGGCCCUGAUUAAUUCUGGUGAAGACUGUUAACUCAAUAUGUCACUUGUUUGUUUUUAUUUAAAUCUUACCUAAUACAUUUGGCGCUGUUCAUUUUAAUAUAUUCUGGUUGCGGUUGAAAAUCGAAGAAUUGACUUGUGCCUUUCGUUUUUCCCUAUUUGCAGAGUGGGCAACUAAAGCGCAUCUUGUGUACAUGUUAGAGAAUCAACUUGCGCAUCAUCUACACCAGUUGGGCUUUAGUUCCGCACGCUGAAAAUAGGAGAAAAAUCGAAAGGCGCAAGUUCACUAAUUCGAUUUUCAACUGCAACCAGAAUACUUCAGAGCUUUUUAUUAAAUUUGUUUUCUAUGGCCCUGAAAAAGACAGCUAAAUUAAAUGUACCGCUUUGAUGUGGGUUCGAAUUCGCUUCCAACAUAGAUUUUGCUUGACAUACAUAUUUGGUCCCUGCGCAAUGUGGCUCAUAACUUCGCAAUAUACAAACAAAAAAUCUGGGUUCUGGGAAAGACCAAUCUUUUUUGCCAGACCACAUGUACUCUUUAUUUACAACGCUGUUGAUUGCAAGUAGACUAUGCAUAACCUACUUUGAAAGAGAAAUCCGGGGACUAAAUCACUCACGAAAUGUUUAAAACCAUCCUUUCUGACAUCAGCUUCUUUUGAAGGGUCAAUUCAGUCGUCUUACAUAUUACAAUUCAUAUUUCGGUAAUAUCCCACGUUUCGGCCUUAGUUCGUUGCCUUCUUCAAAAGAAUUAAAGAAAGUCACAUUUUGUCAAAAGCAAAUUAUAUGUAGUGCAAAUUUGCGUACGCUAUAUAACCAGCGCGUGACUAAUAAGUCUCUAAACAAUCAAAGUUCAUCCAAUCGGAACGGCGGGACUUAAACUCUAAAAUAAUUGCAACAACAACAACAACAACAACACAAUACCAAGUAACUGGAAUAACAAAAGAAAAAAAGGGAAAACAAAUGAAAGAGCUAAACAAACAUGCAACCAAUGUACUAUUUUAGAUAUACUAGAGCAGUUAAGACAAGUCAAUAUAAAUAUAUACCUAUCGUAUGUGAUUUUUUCAUCGCAUCGAAUCGGAACACGAAGUCUAAAUCAAGAGGAACUAAAAAUGGUCGUUGCACGAGAAAGAGGAACUUAAACAGUAAUAAUUGAUACAGUUCCAAAAAAAACCUAUAUAGCAAAACAAAGCAACUUAUAAUCCUAACGACAGAGUAGAGUGCAGAGCAGGAAACUGUAAACAGAAUGAAUACUAUAUAAUAUUAACUAUAUAUAUACACCGUAGGUUUUAGUGACAAUAGGGUACUUUCUUGAUAAUAAACACAGUGUAGUAGUAGCGAACCGGAAACGGUUUUGAAAAACCGAUGCAUGCAAAACUGUGUUAUGCAAAAAAAAACGAAUCAAAUUGCGCUGCACUAUACAGCAAUGGCGUGUUCGCUCGUCGAAAUUGACAAUUACUGGGUUACUAAUAGGAUUGAUUGAUUGCAACAACAAAAAAACGAACCAACAAGAAAAUAUUGAAUUGCGGUGGGUGCGGUAAUAAUGUGAAUGCAACUGCGAAGUAAUGUAUUGAAUUGAUUCUACUAACCAGUGCUCGCAGUGAAGGUGGUAGGAGAGAGAGCACAGGAAAAGUUUUGGCGCUGUUGCUGAACAUGAUACUAAAAAACAAAACAAGCGUCAGAGAAUGACUAAUAAACUAUGCGAUAAAAGGCAAUUUGAGCUGAAGGAAAAGAAACAGAACAAUUUGUACAUAGUUAUAUAUACAAUAUUAUAUACUAUUAUUAUUAUUAUUAUUAUUAUUGCUAUUAUAUUAUUACAAUUAUGUAGAAAUUUUAGAAUA